AUGCCGCGCCCCAAGCGUCCCGCGCACCCGAUAUCCCACAGCGCCGACGCGCUGAACCGCUCUGGGGCUGGGCUCGCGCCCUCAAAGCGUCCCAAAUUCGACGCGCGCAACCCCCACCUAGUAGCACCGGAUGCGCCGGAGGACGAGACCGACAUAUUCCUCGAGGUGGACGAGGGGGCGAUCGGCAAGCGGCGGGUGCACCGGAAUGCAGUUGAGCUGGAGGGCUACGAGACGGAUUCGUCCGAGGAGGGGUUCAAUGCGACGCGGAAGGGGUGGGCGAAGGCUGAGGGGAAGAAGAAGGCCAAUAAGGAUGUGGAUGAUGAGGAUGAUGAUAUGUUUGGUGGGGAUGGGGAUGAGGACGAGAGCGAUGAACUCGAGAAAGAUGAGGACCGUGGAGGGAUCGGAAAGAAGAACAAGAAUGUCAAGUUUUUGGAUCUGGACGAUAUCGAGGGACAGGAGGAGGAGGGCGUUACGGAGGCAUUACCGGUGCCGCAGCGGUUUCCGGAUAUCUUCAAGGACGAGCGUCAGGAUGAGUCCGAGUCCAGCGAGGACGAGGAGAAGCUCGCAGAGGAAGGGAUAGACGAGGAGAUUGGAGCCGGAGGACGAAAAUCCCACGCGCCAAAGAGAGAGGCUUUCAACAUGAAGAAUGAAAUGGAAGAGGGCCGUGUCGACACCACCGGAAAUUUCAUUCGCAAGGCAGCCGAGAAAGACGCGAUUCACGAUAGCUGGUUAGCGGGCAUCAGUCGCAAGGAUAUGAAGAAGGCGAAAGAGGCUAUGGAGAAGCGAGAAGUCGAGCGCAGGGAGCAGAUGCGACGCGACGACGAGAUAAUGACAAGCGAGGUUCUCUCGCAACUGAUCACUUACCUGGACCGCGGCGAAAGCAUCCUGGAAGCACUGGCGCGACUCGGAGGAAAGAAGAAGCCCGACGCCAACAAAAACAAGAAUCGGUGGCGGCAGAAGAAGAAGGAGGCAACAGCUAUGGAUGAGAUGCAGAUCGACAAGAAGAAAGGCAAAGAAGCAGAAGAUCCGACGGAGGUGCGGAGGAAAGAGAUGGUCGAGAAGAUCACCGAGGCUGCAGAUAUACUUCUCACUCGCGGCCAGCCAGAAGUCUAUGAUGAAACAAGGGAGAGUCUCAUGAGGCAGUACAAGCGGGAGACCGGGGACGACUGGGAAGACCCAAAGCCAGCGGAGGGGGAGGGUGGCGAUGUGUUAGCGGAUACGAGGCAGUGGGAGUACAGAUGGACGGAUGGAAGGGACGACGGCUCUACGUAUGGACCGUACGGUAAUGCGGAGAUGAAGAGUUGGAACGAGCAUGGCUUUUUUGGUGAAGGAGUCGAAUUCAAGCUCGUGGACGGGAUUGAGGGGUGGACCAGAGCGCCGGGCUUUAUUUAG